AUGGCGGCGUCGAGUAGUGAUUUCGAUGCUAAGAGCUUCCAAUGGGUGGCACAGCUGCCACAAGUGUGGGAGUCCAGACGUCCUCUUCGAGAGCGUAGCCUGCAGGGCCGAAACCUUUUGCGUGGAAUGAUUGUGCCAGGGCACGGUGACCACGAGGUUGUGAUCGGCAGCAUCGAAUGCUGCAAAAUUAACAGCGAGGUGUUGCUGAUCACCUUGAAACUGAUGGCCGAUGAGGCUUGCAUUUUCGUGCCAAAGGUGUUUCUGCUGCAAGGAGCUACAUUGGAGUUCCAUUGCCACUCCGGCUAUCCAGAUGCUGCAUCGUUGGGUGUUGCUGCGUACUCGGACGGAUGGGGUUUGAAGCGCAUGCUCACGUGUGUGAAGCGCAAGUGGAUGCGCGGCCAAACUCCGAGAGUGGUUGGAGAUCGUUUGGCCAGAGCUUUGAGGGCUGGAGGGGACGACGAUGACAUCGACGAUCCCGCGGAUUCUGCUGAAGCUCCGACUACUACGGAGCCUAAGCAAUCGACGUCUGAGGUACUUGCAGACUUGGACUUGCCCACAGAGAUUGAGGAGCCCGAGGACCAGGCAGCUAUGGAUGUAGAUUUGCCGGUAAAUCCGGUGCCACAGGACAAGGCCCCAAAUGCAGUGGUUCCAGAAACGGCCCCGGUAAAUCCCUUGCCAGAGGACAAGGCCCCAAAUGCAGUGGUUCCAGAAACGGCCCCGGUAAAUCCUGUGCCAGAGGACAAGGCCCCAGAUGCAGUGGUUCCAGAAACGGCCACGGUAAAUCAGGUGCCAGAGGACAAGGGUUCGAUCGCGGCAAUGCCAACAAAUCCGGAGGAUCCUCGUGUCAAGGAUCCGUCUUCUCUGCCACCUAGGCAGCCAUCGCAACAGGAGCUGCAGCAGCAACUCGUGAUUGCAGAGUUGAAGAUGGAGGCCCAGCGAUUGAUGGCCAUCGAGCGCAAACGUGCCGCGAAGCAGUUCGCCAAGACUCUUCCGACAGGACCGAUCCAAGUGGAUUCUGACGAGGAGGCCAACCCAGGCUCCGUGAUGCCGGCUGUUGCAGCAUGCGCCUCCAAAGGAGGAGCAACGAAUCCGGAUGCCAUGGAGACGCAGGCAUUCGAGGUGAACACCCAAGUGGUGGCCCAGGCUUUGCUUGGCUUGGACCAGACUGUGCCAUCUCCGGGCCGCAGGUUUGCGGAGGAUAAGACGAUGGUGUUGAGUCCGGCUUCGGUGGAUGUGAAGUCACCGGCGGAUUCUUUGCCAGUGGACAAGGAGCUGCAUACCCCGACUCCCCAUGGUAUCGUGCCGGCCGACAUCACGCCCAUGAAGGAGUACCCCACGCGGGACCAGCAGCUUGCGUGCAAGACUGGCAACGAAGCCAAGAAGAAAGCUGAUCAGGCUGCAAGCAAGGCAAGCAAGGAAGCCAAAGAGGCUUCCCGCGGGAGAGGACGUGGCCGCGGUGGCCGCGGUCGUGGUGGUGGCCGUGGGCAGAAAUCCACGCCUGAGGCGGAUGAUGGUGCUGGCGAGCCUGUUAAUGACAAGACGACCGAAGUGCCCGAGAAGAUUGAGGAGACCCAGCCUAAGAAGAAGCCUGGUCGACGCAAGAAGGCUCAGUGCGAGCUGUCCGAGCCGGACCAGGUCGCCGGGAAGGCCGGCUCUUGCGAGCCGUCGGAGACGAAGAGCAAGGGUGGGCGAUCCAAGACGGAGGUUGCCGUGCCUAAGUCGAAGAGAACCAAGCGGGGCAAUGUGCCCCAGGAGGCUGCUGUUCCUGCUUCAAGGGUUCGUGGCAAGAGGAGUGCAGACGAGAAGGUGGAGCCGAAGGCAAAGAGGGCACAGACCAUAAGUGGGAUGGAGUGGCCAAACACGUUUGCCCGCCGCUACAGACCUGCCAAGUCCAACAUCACACAGAAGUUUUGGGAGGGAUGUGUGUGUGCGUUUCGCAAUGUCUUGAUGCCCCACCUCGUGCCGGGAACUGCGACAAGCACUCAGUCCACAUUCUUCGACUUCGCGAAGCAGUUCGUUGAGCUGGACGAGCAACAGGUCUUCGUGCUUUGCAUCCUGCUGCUCUUGUGGAAUACGAGUAUCGACUUUACCAAGGACGUCGAUCUGGCAGAGCUGUUUUCUGGUUCAGCGACCCUCUCCAAGGAGUUCUUCUACGAGGGGAAGGAAGUAGCUGCCUGCGAUUACAAGUAUGGACAUUCUGUGCAGCAGUUCUUUGUGGUCGCCCCCAAACUUGCAUAUGGCUAG